UAACGGUUAGUACAGUUAGUACUCUCCACCAAUAAGCUUGUAUUUAGUGGCCAUUCUGGUGCUAUAUUGCUGGCGUCACAUUUGUUGUGGUUGAGGAGAUUCCUCCCUUCCAUAUGUAAAGAGCUUUGAGUGCAGUGAAAAGUAAGAAAUUAUUAUUAUGAUUAUUAUUAGCUUACGGUUAGUUGCUAGUAGACAGCCAUUCCACUGUCUGUAUUUCCAUUUGUACUUGCUGUAUUGUGUCACUGUAUUUACAUAAAACUGAACUUUGCUCAACUUUUUGUUGCAUCAACAACUGGCGUCUCAGACUCUUACUGAAACUGAAUUUUGGUUCACACAACUGAGUUUUGGUUGCUUUGUCUGCAGCUCAGUGUCAGUGUAAAUGCCCUUUAAACAUUUUGUCACUCAUAUAAAGAAUUUUUAUCAACUAUGGGCAUUGUGGACUUUUUGAAACUCUCUUUAAACACACUUUUCACACUCUCACUAGUUUAUAUAAUUUAUCUACUAACAAUGUUCAGCAUUUUUUUUUUUCUUAAGGUGUCUUUUUCACCACAGCUCAAAUAAUGUACUGUUUAACUGCAUUUUGUGGUUACAAUGAAAUUGAUGCAAAUUACAUUUUAAAAAUAGUUUUGUAAUAAAAGGACAAAAUCAUUGCAUUUUAUGUAUCCUAAAUACACAAAAUGAAAUAAUAUUUCCUCGCUUUUUUGCAGAAUUUGAGAAAAUGACAUCUGAAUUUGAAAUUACCAUAAAAAACUGUAUUGUAUCAAGUGGUUAAUUUCUCUUCACCAAUAAAUCAUUGUGACCCCCUGAUGUUUACCAACUUACCUUGAAUUAGAGGUGUGGAAAAGGAGAGUUCCUAACUGUACACUUAGGGAUACUUAGCGGUAUCCAACUAUAAUGAGCAAGAUAAUGUGAGCUCCACUUUGUCAUUGUAAUUCAGCACAUUUUCAUGAAGUUAAACUACACAGAGACUAAUUUUGAGGCUCAGAGGUCGCUCAUUCAUAGCUCAUAAGACCUAAUGAAGUUCUUAGUUAUUUUUAUUGAAGCCAUUUCACUGGAAAAACUAAAAUGAGUCAAUUGUUUACAUAUAUGUAAGAGUAUAGAGCUAUAAACUGAGCACGGAUAGCAGGUCACAUUAUUUGAUUUGAAAUAAUUUGAGUGUGACUUUUGAUUGAAGACUGUGCUUUUUUUUGUACAGUUUUUUGAUAUUGGUCUCUGAUACUCGAGGUAUUUUUCACAGAAGAGCAUUUUGAGAAGAAAAACAUAUCUACUACGUAAUUGCUGUCUUGGAGAAACAACUGAGACACUUAAAACCAUUUGUAUUUUUUUUCCUUCCAAGUUUUACUGCAUAUAGCCAACAGUCAGUGUCACGUCAACUCAAAUAAACUCAAACGACUCACGUCAACACAAAUCAUAACUGAACAUUUAGUGGAGUAUUUGCUAAACCCCCAUUUGUACAUUUUCAGAUCCAGACUUUUGCUUUUUAUGUGCAUCAGUCUGUCGAGUGUAAUAGAGUAUCCAGUGUAUAAUGUGUCAGUGUUAGUGCAUGAGAGAGGGGGCAGAGAAUGGAGGCAGGCCUGGAGGCGGAGCCUUCGCUCUGAUUGGCUGCAGCCAAAAGGGGCUGUCACAGAGAGGGCUGGAUUAGCGGAGGUGGGGGAGGUGCCUCGCUUGCUCUGUACCUUUCAGCUGCAGAUCAGAGCACAACGGCGAGAGAUUAACACUGUUCACAAGCCCUGAGACGUGAGGAAAAUGGAAGAGGACCAUGAAUGUGUCCGUCCAAGGGACAGAAAGCUGAUUUAGGGAUGCCCAGCACUGGUUUGUUCCUCUAGGAGUGCCUCAGGGUAAGGACUCACUGUCCCUUGUCUGUCUCUUUUAGGAGUCUCUCUGAUCCUGUGAGGCAUGGACUACAUAUAAUUUCAACCUUCCUGGGACUCUUCCUCUAAGAUUUCGGAGCGUCUUUUUUACAGCGUCUAAAAGAGUGAGGAAUAUUUGUGUCACGCACUGAUUCAAUCAGACUUGAGAGGUUUCAUUCGAGAGGUCCUUUCUCUCUGUCUUUAUGGUCAUGCACUGAAAUCAUCAGUUCGUGCACUGAGGGCACACCUGUCUCUCAAAUUCACUCACUUGUGUGGAUCUAACCAGAACUCCGCAGCUGGAAUGUUGCGAUGGAUAUUGUGAUGGAUAUUGGGAUCGCUGUGUACUUCAUUUCACGCUGAACCUGCCGCACAAGACAAGGUGAAAAAGGAUGAACUCAGACUCUCUUCCUCCGCUACUUCUCCUGCCUGGAGACUGCGUGACAGAUCACGCUGGGCCAAAUCCUUGGAAGUGUGGGAUUUACUGCUGACUAAGGACUCGUUUGACAAGCUGAGCGGGUGGAGGAACGAAAACGAGGUGGAAAAAGGGAAGAUAUUGUUAAAUAUUCAGUAAGGUUUCAGAGGGGUUGAAAGUAAAGGUUCUCAGUGAUUACUCAGUCUGGGUCAGCAGUUACGUCUUCUUGGCAUCAUAGAUCUUCCAGGACGCAUUCUGAAGAAAGGAUGCUGCAGGAGACCAGUGUGAGAGUAAGCCCAACCUGAUCGCUCCAUCCAAUCCUCCCGCCCAGUCCUCCACAAUCCCAGGAUGCUCUGCCCCUGCCGAGGGAAGCUGAAGUUGCUGGUGGUGUCUCUGAGUUUCGUCAUCCUGUUCACCUGGUUUUACCUUCUUGUGGGGAACUCGGAAAACGGGCGUUCCCUGCUCCUCUCCGCAUGCUUGGUGGAAUCUACAGAAGCACGACUGCUGGAACGGGAUGUCCUGGCAUCGCGGGUUCGAGAGGUGGAGGAAGAGAACCGGCAGAUCCGACUCCAGCUGAGCCAAUCGCAGGGCCUGGCUGCCCAGCCUGCCGAUGGUAACUAUGGCAACCAGCAGUGGGUGGCAUCGGCAGACACCGGUCCAGAGGACGUGGAGAACACAGCGGAGGAACGGGCCAAUCACAGCGAGUGUUCUCGCUCGCCCACCGCGGAGAAGUGUGAGCUGAUUCACGUGGCAUGUGUAUGUGCGGGUCACAAUGCCAGUCGGGACGUGGUCACACUGGUCAAAUCCAUCCUGUUCCACAGGAGAAACCCACUGCACUUUCAUUUCAUCACAGACACAGUGGCCAAUCAGAUCCUCAGCACUCUGUUCCAGUCAUGGAUGGUACCGUCCGUACAAGUCAGCUUCUAUGACGCUGAUGAACUCAAAUCAGAGGUGUCGUGGAUACCAAACAAACACUAUUCAGGAAUUUAUGGCCUGAUGAAGCUCACUCUCACCAAAGCUCUGCCAUCCAACCUUUCAAAGGUCAUCGUCCUCGAUACAGACAUCACCUUCGCCACUGAUAUCGCCGAGCUGUGGGCCAUCUUCCGAAAGUUCACAGAGAAACAAGUGAUUGGUCUGGUGGAGAAUCAGAGUGAUUGGUACCUCGGUAAUCUGUGGAAAAAUCACAAACCCUGGCCAGCCCUCGGACGGGGGUUUAACACAGGUGUGAUUUUACUCUACCUUGAGAGACUGCGCAGGAUGGGCUGGGAACAGAUGUGGAGACUGACAGCAGAGAGAGAGCUAAUGAGCAUGCUUUCAACAUCCCUGGCAGACCAGGAUAUAUUCAACGCAUUCAUAAAGCAGAACCCAGUUCUGGUGCAUCAGCUUCCGUGCUUCUGGAACGUACAGUUAUCGGACCACACUCGCUCUGAACAGUGCUACACUGAGGUGUCGGAUCUAAAGGUCAUUCACUGGAACUCUCCUAAAAAGCUGAGGGUAAAAAACAAGCAUGUGGAAUUUUUCCGUAAUCUUUACUUGACAUUCCUGGAGUACGAUGGGAAUCUUCUCAGACGAGAACUCUUUGGCUGUCCCAGUCAGGCCAGCUCAGAGAGCACAGUGCUUCAGCAAGCACUAGAGGAGUUAGAUGAGGACGACCAGUGCUAUGAUUUUCGGAGGGAGCGAAUCAUGGUGCACAGGGUGCAUCUGUACUUCUUGCAGUACGAAUACACACCUACAGAUGAUGGCACGGACAUCACGCUGGUCGCACAGCUCUCUAUGGACAGACUGCAGAUGCUGGAGGCGAUCUGUAAACACUGGGAGGGCCCCAUUAGUUUGGCCCUCUACAUGUCUGAUGCUGAGGCCCAGCAGUUCCUGCGCUACGCUCAGGCCUCUGAAGUCCUCAAAAACCGCAAGAAUGUGGGCUAUCAUAUCGUUUAUAAGGAGGGUCAGUUCUACCCUGUCAAUCUGGUACGCAAUGUGGCGCUCCACAAUGUCAACACACCGUACGUUUUUCUGACUGAUGUAGAUUUUCUGCCCAUGUACGGCCUCUAUGAAUACCUCAGAAGAAGUAUAGUCCAACUGGACAUGGCCAAUACCAAGAAGGCUCUGGUUGUGCCCGCCUUUGAGACGUUGAGAUAUCGCCUUUCCUUCCCUAAAUCUAAGGCAGAGCUGCUGUCUAUGCUGGACAUGGGGACUCUUUACACCUUCAGAUAUCAUGUCUGGACAAAGGGUCAUGCGCCAACCAAUUAUGCCAAAUGGAGGACAGCCACAACGCCAUACAAGGUGGAAUGGGAGGCAGACUUUGAGCCGUACGUCGUCGUGCGACGAGACUGUCCUGAGUACGACCAGAGAUUUGUUGGCUUUGGCUGGAACAAAGUAUCCCAUAUCAUGGAGCUUGAUGCUCAGGAGUAUGAUCUUAUUGUGUUACCAAAUGCCUUCAUGAUCCACAUGCCCCACGCGCCCAGCUUUGACAUCUCAAAGUUUCGCUCCAGUCCAAGUUACCGCUACUGCUUGACGACUCUGAAGGACGAGUUCCACCAAGACCUUUCUCGAAAGUACGGUUCUGCUGCUCUCAAGUACCUCACAGCACAGAGGAACAUCUGAAAUCUGUUUCAAACGUACUUCGGCACACAGGAGAUUGGCUCGGUCUAGUCGUUUGAGGCUCAACAGCCAACAUGCUGCUCUGCUACAUGUUACGGUGUCUAGAGGUACGAAGCUGCCCUGCUAAAAUCAGAGCUUUAAUUCUUCUUUUUGAUAAGUCAUACAGCAGAGAACUGUGAAAACCAAUGACAUGAGCACCACAACCAUCUCAGACUGGUGGCGAAAACUCGACCAAACAUUUCAACCGCUAAAAAGCGCAGAGGACAUCGGUAUACGUUCGCGACGACUCGCUUUCUUAUAGCCUACAAUGAACGGUCAUAACAAAGACCUUUUUUGACAAUCAGGGCUUUUUCUUCACUAAAGAUCUACGGCUAGUGAUUCGUGGCUCUACGCGGCUUUGGACCUGGCCGAAACCAUCCGGUGAUGGGCCGAAAAGGACAAGAAAUGAAUGAGCUUUCCAAAGACUCUUCUGCUGGACUGAAGUGUGAGGAGGCCAUCAAGACAAGAGGGACAUUUAAGCCUUAUAAUUUCCUUGUUAUUUAAAAUAUUUAAAAGUAUUUUUUUGUUUUUAACGAAGACAAAACAGUUUAUGAACAACGACCUACAGCCUACGUAUGUUUUACAAUAUAAAAAAAGAAAAAUCGCAUUAUUUUUUAAUUUAGAAACACUGAUUUGCUUGUAGCGAAAGAAGCUUGAAUGCUCGAUAGGGGUGCAAGGGAGUAUUUUGUGUGGUUUCAGAGGUCCCGAAUGUUAGUCGUUUAUGAUUUCGGUGAGAAAUGAUCAGAGCGUAUAAUUGCUGCAUUUAUAAUUGUCACAUAACAAAUGGCGCAUAUUAUGACAUGCUUAAACAUCCAGUAUCAUAGUGUAUACCAGGACACUUUCCUGCUCUGAACUCACAUCACUUUUUUCACUUUUAAAAUUUGCACUACAUACUGUUACUCAAAAAUGAUAUUAUCAAUUAUGAUUAUAUGAUAAAUGAUUAUAUGUACAUUUGCAUUGAGAUCCACUCAAGGGACCAUGAAAAAAACAACAAAAAAAACGGAGCAUCCAGGUUUCUCAAGGACUAAAUAUUUGUUGUCAGUGAUAUAAAACACUUUCUGUCAUUGAAAGCGGUAUUUAUUGUGUAAAAUGUCAGUCACGUUCUGGUCAGUCCUGCAAAUAAUAAUCCAGUGUCCAAUUCAGCAUCAGUCACUCAAGUUAUAAAAGAAAAAACAAGCAUCGCAAACCUGACAAGAAAGUUUGUACGAUCUAUUGUACCAAUGUUGUGUCCCAUCUUUAUAAAGUAACGCUCCUCCAAGUCACAUUGAGUUCACCCCUCAUUCGCCACCCAUGCCCUUCCGCUCCACGAGACUGCAGAAUUACGGUAAAUACCCGUGCCUUUGCUGUGUUGCGAAAACUGGAUAUUGAUUGUACUACUGUACGCAUCAGCGGGGCCUGCGAGAAUACAGGUACUCUAUUUAUUAUUGUUGACUUAAAUCAAUCAUAUUUUUCUAUGUAGGGGACAAAGUGCUUUAAAUAAAUUCUCCCUGUUUCUAUA